GUCCAGUCAUGUCAGAGAGUGACUUUGUUUACACCGGAGAAGUUAAAGUGCUGCUUAUGCACUGUUUUGAGCUCGCUGUGGCCGAUAAUAAAGACCCCAACUUCCUCAAGAUACAGCCGGAUUCCCUGUGUCUGCUUACCUCUGCUGCUGUUCAAUAUUAGGUGAAGGGAGUUAGCCCCGGAGCUAAGGAUAGCUUUGGCCCUGGAGCAGACCACUAAGUCUCCCCUCUGCGUUCUAACUACGGUUGGGGCGCUGAAGCAGGAAAGGGUUGACACUAGCUUGGCGUUCACUGUUUCACCUUAAUCUUUCUAACAAAAUAUUGAAGUUUUAAAUUAGUAUCGACGUUUCAAAACAUGAAGUCUUUCUUCGGAUGGAUUUUCCUGACUUUAUGGACAUUGACCACCUCAGUGAUGGCUCUCCCCAGAGUGGAGGUGAAUGAAGAUGAUGAUGCUGUUUUGCCCUGUUUAACCAGCCCUGAGGUGGACAUAGAGUCAGCAGUGAUUCACUGGAAGACAGGAGAUGGCCAGGAGGUUUACUUUUAUGACAAUGGCGAUUAUUCUGGAAAAGGCAGCACAGGGCAUCUUAUACAGUUUGAUGGGCGAGUCUCACAUUUUCAAGAUAAACUGAAGAAUGGCAACGCCUCCAUCAAGAUCACAAAGACGAGAAUAGAAGACAAUGGAAUCUACACCUGCAUUCUCCCAAAACUGCAGCCCAGCCAAGAGUACCAAGUUCAGCUUGUUGUCAACUCCAUCUUCAAAGACAGAACAGGAGAAAAUCCAUUGGCAUCACCAAAACCAAGCAUCGAGGUCAUCAGUCAGACGCUGGACUGGGCACUCCUGCAGUGUCAAGUUCAAGGUGCUUUUCCAAAACCUUCCCUGAAGUGGCAGGAUGGUUCUGGAGAAAUUCACCAUACUCAUGGAGAACCGCAGCCCGGCACUGGGGGAAAAUAUGACAUGACUGUUCAAGUUACUGUGAGGAAGACCGGCCAUUAUCACUGUGUCCUCAGACAGGAGGAACUCAAACAUGAGAUUUCUGUUAAGACCUUUGUGCUGAUACCAGAGAAAGAGUGUCAGAGACAGGCUGAGGUUUCAAGCAAUAACUCCAACGCUGGAUGGUUUGUUGGUGGAUGUCUUUUCGGAGUUGGAUUGGUUGUUGUUGUUCUACUUUUGGCUCUAUGGUUCAUCCAUCCUUUCCGUUUCAAAGUAAUUAAUGUUCUGUCAGAGCUGAAUCCAAGACAAGACAAGCUGAAUAAUCAUCAGAGAGAUCAAAAUGAGAGAAUGAUUGAUCACCGUGCCGGUGGUUCAUACGAAAAUCCUGAUUCGUAUUCUGCAUCAGAAAAUGGCAAAACAAAUGGUGUACAGAUUACAUAGUUGGAGGACUUUGCCAUGUGCACAGAAAGACUUAAGCAGACACUUGGAUUUAUUCCUU